AUGAGGCAUCUUCGCACUCUUGUUCUUGACAACGCAUCGGCCUUGGAGAAUCCCGAAUUUGCAAACCUCACAGCCCUUACCACCAUUUGCAUCACCUUUCCCUGGAACCUUCUGGACCUAGCCACCCUUCUUCGCCUCCCAAGACUCGCUCAUCUAACCACCUUCGCCCCAUACGAGAGCCAUCAGCCCUCCGCGGGUACUGCAAGCAUAGUGCUGCCGUCUUACAUCAAGUCGCUCACGUUUGCAGUUGCUUCUCCUCCUUUCGACACCAUCAUCCUCCCAUCAGCAUCGGCCUUCGUCGCACUAGAGGAGCUGCUCAUUACCAACGGCAGUGGCCUCACGGACCUUCCUAACCACAUUGAUUACUUACUGCCGAGCCUUCGCAAGCUGACAUUUCGCAAGUGUAGUUCUCUCGUCCACCUGCCUGAAAACUUUGCUUCCCUUAGCCGUUUGGAAACCCUUAUAUUCUAUGAUUGCGGUCUUCUUACCUUACCUGACAGCUUCGGCGACCUGCCUGCCCUCAAACUGCUGGUGCUGGAGUUCGUGCCUCUCUGGGGACUCCCUCCUUCCUUCUGCGAUCUCACGUCACUCGAGGCACUCUUUCUAGCUGGAUGCGAUGAGCUUCGCCAGCUCCCAGCAGGUUUCAGCCGCCUCACAGCUCUCAAGGCCCUCUGCAUCACCGAAUGUGUCUUUCCCUUGCCAGACGAUGUAGGGGCCCUUCUGACGUAUUGUGAGCAGCUGAGUAGCCUCCCUGCCGGUCUGCCACCCUCACUUGAAACCCUCUGCUUGGGGCCCUUCAGGGAAGGCUCGUCCCAUGAGGUGGACAUCGGCCACUUGACGCAGCUGAGGGUGCUGAAGCUUACCCGGGUUGGGGUGUGCUGCGGGCCUGCAGUGAGCGGCAGGGUGUUGUGUCUGCAGGAGCUGGAGCAGCUGGAGAUGCGCGUGAAAGGUGACAUCCGGGAGCUCCCAGUUACCCUGGCCUUGGUUCGCCUCCCUCGCCUGCGCAGCUUGCUCAUACAGGCGCCAGGAAUCUGCAGCCUCCCAGAAAACAUGGCAGCAGCGUUGCCGGACCUGCAGCAGCUGGAGCUGCUUUCGUGGUCACCGGAGGAGCUGCCAGAAUGCAUAUGGGAGCUGAGCUCGCUGAUGUCGUUGAAGAUCAACGCACCUCAGCUACUGGCGCUACUUCAGGGCAUGAGCUGCUUGUCUCGGCUGCGCAAACUGGAGCUGAUUCGCUGCAAGGCCUUGCAGCACCUCCCGGACUUCCUCACCCAGCUGCACCGUCUGUCCCUGCGUAGCACCUUACUAUCCUCCGUUCCUGAAGAAUUUGUGCUACUGGAUUGA